CAUUCAACUGUAAGUUUCCAAACGAGGCUUGUGAUAGAAGUGCUGAAUGCUGUAGCGGCAAAUGUGUGGAAGCUCACCCAGGCACAAACCCACGAUGUACAAAACUCAGCCUUCACAAGCCUUGUCUGUACACCUACCAGUGUGAGGACCGUCUGAAGUGCGGCCUUAAGAACAAAUGCUGUGCCAAAUACUGGGGCAUCUGUAGCCAUGCGAGGGAUUGCUGUGAUCCGGCCCUUAAGUGUUUUGAGGUAGGCUGUCAUGUCAGCUAG